AUGAGUGAUGAAAUGACAGGAGCUCUUAUAAACCAAAUAUAUCCACUGUCAAAUGCUCACAAAAUUUUGAAAGAAUACGAUGUCAUUCUUGCAAUUGAUGACGUUCCUAUUGGAAAUGAUCAUUCAGUUCCUUUUCGGAAAGAAGAACGGGUAGAUUUGGAAGAUUGGCUUUGUUUGAAGAGACCAGGUGAAACAACUUUAGUUAAAGUCCUAAGAGAUGGACGAGAGCACGUUUUCAAUAUCAAUUUAAAUUCUAAGCAGCCGCUGCUUUUGGAAAAAUUUCUUCCAAGCUAUUACAUACUUGCCAGUUUUGUCUUUGUGCCUCUCAGUGCCAAAUUUCUUCCAAGCUAUAAAUGUUCCUGCAUAUCAGAUAGGAAGCCUAGAAAAGCCAGUGAACAGGUUGUUAUUAUUUCGGAGGAGUUGGAGUGGGGAAACUUCUCUAUUUUCGAAAAUUUUGAGGUGAAGAAAGUGAACGGGGUGGAAGUGGUGAACUUGAAGCAUCUAAGUGAGCUCAUAGAGAAAUGUUGCACCGAGGAUUUAAGGUUCGACUUGGAGCAAAAUAAGGUUAUUGUCUUGAACACUAAAUCUGCAAAAGAAGCAACUUCGUCGAUCAUAGAACGUUUCGGAAUACCAUCGGCCAUGUCCAAGGACCUACAAAGAACAAAUUCUGGUCGUGUGUGCUAG